CCCGUGGUGCUCCGCGCGCCAGCGGCCUGCAGGCCAGCCUGACGGGCGACUCAACGGGGCGACCGCCGCCAGCUCCUGCCCUGCCAUGGGCUCCCUGCUCAGCCGCCGCAUCGCCGGCGUGGAGGACAUCGACAUCCAGGCCAACUCGGCCUACCGCUACCCGCCCAAGUCCGGGAACUACUUCGCCAGUCACUUUUUCAUGGGAGGCGAGAAGUUCGAUAUGCCGCAUCCCGAGGGCUACCUCUUUGGGGAGAACAUGGACCUCAACUUUCUGGGCAACCGCCCUGUCCAGUUUCCUUACGUGACCCCAGCACCCCACGAACCAGUGAAGACCCUUCGCAGCUUGGUGAAUAUCCGUAAGGACUCCCUGCGUCUGGUCAGGUACAAAGAAGAUGCUGACAGCCCCACGGAGGAGAACGGGAAGCAGAAGGCUUUGUACAGUCUCGAGUUCACCUUUGAUGCCGAUGCCCGGGUGGCCAUCACCAUUUACUGCCAAGCAACGGAGGAACUGAUCGGUGGCAUGGCUGUCUACAGCACAAAGAACCCUUCCCUGCAGUCGGAGACGGUGCACUACAAACGAGGGGUGAGCCAGCAGUUCUCACUGCCUUCCUUCAAGAUCGACUUCUCUACCUGGAAGGAUGAAGAGCUGAACUUUGAUCUGGACCGGGGCAUUUUUCCAGUGGUCAUCCAGGCCGUGGUAGAUGAAGGCGAUGUUGUUGUGGAAGUGACUGGCCACGCCCACAUCCUCCUGGCCGCCUUCGAAAAGCACGUCGACGGUAGUUUUUCUGCAAAGCCCCUGAAACAAAAGCAGAUUGUUGACCGGGUGAGUUACCUGCUCCAGGAGAUCUACGGCAUUGAGAACAAGAAUAACCAAGAAACCAAGCCCUGUGAUGAGGAGAACAGCGACAACAGCAAUGAGUGUGUGGUGUGUCUCUCCGACCUGCGGGACACUCUCAUCCUCCCCUGCAGGCACCUCUGCCUGUGCAACUCCUGCGCCGACACCCUGCGCUACCAGGCCAACAACUGCCCCAUCUGCCGUUUGCCCUUCCGUGCGCUGCUGCAGAUCCGGGCAGUGAGGAAAAAGCCAGGAGCCUUGUCCCCACUCUCCUUCAGCCCUGUCUUGGCCCAGACCCUGGACCGCGAGGAGCACUCGUGCGCAGACAACAUCCCUCCAGGGUACGAGCCCAUUUCCCUGCUGGAAGCCCUGAACGGCCUGCGGUCCAUCUCGCCGUCCAUCCCGUCGGCUCCCCUCUACGAUGAGAUCAGCUACUCUGGGGUGUUGGAUGGCCUCCCUCCUCCCAGCAGGCCCCUCGUGGGGCUCGACCGAGGCCUGGAGAGCAGCCACCAGAAGAGCAAGCGCAGCAAGUCCCCGGACAGCACUCUCCGGUCCCCCUCUUCACCGAUCCAUGAAGAGGACGAGGAGAAGUUCUCAGAAGACUCGGAGCUGGAGCCUUCCCUCACCAGGGGAGAGCGUGUCCUGCGGGAAGACGGCUCCCCAGAGAGCCUGGCAGCUGAAGAAGCGGAGGCGGUUGUCCCACUGCCACAAGGUAACCAGCCUCUCCCUGAGGAGGAUAUUGUCCAGGAGAGCAGCAAAAGCCGCGAGGCCAGGAUCCCCCAGAAAAUGGAGAGCGAGCUGCCUGCCAGCGUCUGCCUGCCAGCCCUUGGCCCGGACGCCUGCUCGGUUGGGAUAGAGGAGUAAGCCGGUAGGUCUUCUCUUUCCUUCCUGCGCUUAGCAGAUGCCUUCUCGGAGGUUGGGCUGGGGAAGGGCAGCCAGAACCCAGGGUGGGCCUCAUUCUCUGCUCCCGAAAGCCUCGAGUUCGGUUAGCCCUUUCUGCCUGCUUUCACCCAGAGAGGAUGAAACAAGCCCGGCUUUUCCAGCAGCUUCGCAGCAUCCGAAGAGCUUCAGAGUCUCCGCAGCCUGGCUCCCCCGGCCCCCCCGAAACCCCAGGAGUGUCGUGGCUGCCACGCUCCCAAGCCUGCCUCUCUCCCCUUCUCCAGGUUCUUCGGACUUCACCAGUGCCCUCCCAAGCUGCGGGAGCAGGGGCUCCGGGCAGCCCUUCCUCUUUCUUCAGCCCCGCCUCUGCAUCGAAAGCGGGCCGAGCCCAUCCUAAGCACCCAGCCAAAGGGGCCCCCCCACAGCCAAGGAAUCCAGCCCAGAGUGCCCGGGGGACCUGCCUGCAAGAACCCAGCCUCCCUCCCUUUUUCCUCCCACCCUGAAGGGACAAAGAUUCAGACGCAAAGCAAGAUGGGCACUGUUUUUCCUCCUUCGGGCUGAUCUCAGCCCAGCACCCUCUCUCCUCUCUCUCUCCCCCGGAUGUGUGUCUUUGUGUGGAUGUGCGUGACCCCUUUGGCAGCCAUGAUGGGGAGCAAAGACCUCCUUUCCGUCCUGGUUUGCUGCCCUGGACCUUCCCCUCCCCACGGGAUCCCCUUCAGGCCCCUCCUCUCUGUUCUCUCGCUCAGCCGUUCCACUUGGCUCCUGGGCUGGCUCUUGCACGUGGUUGGCCAGACGGGGCCCUUCGUGAGAGAAGCCAGGGUGCAGCUGCCCCCUACUGCUCCCUGUGUCCAGGCCCACAAGCUGGAGGGCCGCUCUUCCUGUCCCCCACCAGGCGCAGCACCUGCCACUGCAAAGUUUUGGGACCCCUUCCGGCCCUCCAGGCCCACCUCGUGGCCCUGUCGUGGGAGGCCUCUUCCUCCACUGGCAGCCACUCCCCACUGCCCCCCCCCCACCCCAUGCUUGUCUCUUCUAGUGCCUGUCUUCUCUUUCCACACCCAGAGGGUGUGUUCCUAUAUUUAUAGUAAUAAACUGGUCUGUGUC